AUGAGAAAUCUACCGGUGUUGCUGUGUGUCGUGUUGACAUUCUGUGCGGUCAUCGAAGGUGCAGCUCAGCUAAAGAAGAACACAGCGACGAGUGCGAAAAAUGACCCUUCUCGCGAUAAACGACUCACGGGUCAUGACGACGUCUCAACGAUUGUCUCAUCAGGAGCCGGUGUUGAAUCGUAUGACGGAAUCUCUGGCGGUGUAUCAUCGAAUUCUGGAAGCCUGCACUCUAAUUCUGCAGCAAACUAUGGAUCAGGGCUGGGAUCAGCCAUCGUGAUAAAUCUCGGGUCAGGCCGCGGAUCAACUCUUGGAGCAGCACUUGGUUCUAGUUCAGCAUCAGGCCUUUCGGGAUAUGCAAUCAACCUUGGCUCAGGUUCGGUACAACGUGUCGGAUCAGGUUUUGUGUCUGGUCUUGGAUCCAUUCUCGGAGCGAAUACACUCAGAUCAGCUAGUGGAUCGGGUCUCGCUUCUGGAUAUACAUCAGCGAACCUUGGCUCAGGGUCUGGAACUAUCUAUGGAUCGAGCCUUGGGUCUGGUUCAGGAUUAGGCUACAGAACAAAUCUUGGAUCAACCGUUGGAUCUGGUGUUGUUUCUCUUCUUGGAUCAGGAUCUGGAAUAAACUAUGGAACGAGCCUUGGAUCGGGUGCAGGUUUAAGUUAUAGCUCUAGCCUUGGGUCUUCGGGCGGAUCGGGCAUUGUUUCGGUUCUUGGAUCUGGUUCAGCCUUAAAUUAUGGCUCGAGUUUAGGGUCACGAUCUGGAUUGAGCUAUGGAACAAGUCUUGGAUCAGGCUCAGAACUGAACUAUGGAUCAACUUCCGGACUUAGCCAAGGAUCGACACUUGGAUCAGUGUCUGCGUUAGGGUACGGAACAGCCCAUGGAUCAUCUAGUGGAUCCAACCUUGUUUCUGUACUAGGAUCGGGAUCAGGACUUAGUUAUGCAUCGAACUAUGGAUCUGGAUCUGGAUUAAGCUAUGGAACACACCUUGGAUCUGGUUCUGGUUUGAGUUAUGGAUCGAGCCCAGGAUCAACCAGUGGAUCCAACGUUGUCUCUGUUCUUGGAUCUAGCCCAGCGUUAUACUAUGGUACGAGUGUGGGGUCAGGAUCUGGACUAAGUUAUGGCUCGAAUCUUGGAUCAAGUUCUGGAUUGAGCUACGGAACAAGCCUUGGUUCCGGUUCUGGAUUAAAUUAUGCAACGAACAUCGGGUCAGCUCCCGUACUAAGCUAUGGAUCGCCCCUUGGAACAAACUCUAUAUCAAGCUAUGGAAUAAGUCAAGGCUCAACCGGUGGAUCUACCGUAGUUUCCGCUCUUGGCUCAAGAUCUGGACUAAGUUAUAGAUCUAGUCUCGGUUCAGGUUCUGGAUUGAGCUAUGGCACAAUCCUUGGAUCAGGUUCGGGUUUGAAUUAUGGAUCAAGUAUUGUUUCUGCAGGUGGAUCUGGUUCAGCAUUAAACUAUGACACUAGUCUAGGAUCUGGUUCUGGAUUGACAUAUGGAACAAGUCUUGGUUCAGGAUCUGGAUUAAGUUAUGGAAGAAGUCUUGGAUCAGGCGCUGGUUUGAAUUAUGAAUCGAGUCUAGGAUCAACCAGUGGAUCUGGCGUUGUUUAUGCUCUUGGAUCUGAUAACGCGGUGAACUACGGUAGCAGCUUGGUAUCAGGUUCUGGAUUGAGUUACGGAACCAGUCUUGGAUCUGGGUCUGGAUUGGGUUAUGGAUCAGGUCCAGGUUUGAGUUAUGGAUCGAGCCUUGGAACAACCAGUGGAUCUGGCGAUGUGUCGGUUCUUGGAUCAGGAUCUGGGUUAAGUUAUGGUUCAGCGUUGAACUAUGGCUCGACCCUAGGUUCAGGAUCUGGAUUAAGCUAUGGAUCGAGUCUUGGGUCGGGAUCUGGAUUGAGCUAUGCUACAAGUCUUGGAUCUGAUUCCAGCUCAGGUUAUACAUCGAACAUUGGAUCAGGUUCAGGAUUGGGCUAUGGAAGAAGCCUCGAGUCAACCUAUACUUCUAAUGGUGGAGCAAACUUUGGAUCAGACCUUGGCUCUGGUCUUGCAUCGGGUUCCAAUCCAGAUUCAGAAUAUGCUUCAGGAUAUGCUGGUGGUUCAUCAACGGUAGGAUCGAGCCUCGGUUAUACUGCAAACGUCGACUCGCAAUAUGCAUCAAAUGAUAUAUCUGCAACAAGUCUUGGAUCCGCGUAUUCAUCAGAUGAUUCAUCGAGCAUUAGAUACAGUGCAAAUAUCGAGUCCAGCCCUAGUGUUGGAUCGGAGUACAAUUCAGGUAUCUCUGCGGCCUAUGCGGUAAGCAGAGGUUCGAACGCUGAGUCCGGUUAUGUAGGAAAUCCAGGUUACUCGGUGGCAGCAGCCGAUUAUUAA